UAUGCGCGAGGACGUUUAACUAAUCGUUCUGGAUAGUUUAAUCGAUUACCGCCGCGUGCGCUGGCAACUAUUAUUCUGCCGUCCCUGGAGGUUGUGGUUUUUUCAUUUUGCACUCCCAGUUUUACCUCGGGAAAUAUAGGCUAGUGCACGGUUUUGAUUGAAUAUAUCAGUCUCCGCAUUCUCUUUAAAUCACCCUCCGUCCUCUCACCCCCUCCCCUCCCACGAUUCCACCCACCUCAUUCAAAUCGCCUCCGCUGCUAUGCGUAGCCUAUAGUGUGUCCGUGUGAGAGCGGAGCGUGAGAACCACAGAUUUGACAGUGCCCAGUCGUGUGGGAGGAUUCAAGCCGAGGGACAGGCACCCAGGCGAGGGUAGAAUCAGCGGGGAAAGCCGCUAUAGACCGCGGCAACGGAGAGGAACGAGGAACCUGCCGUCUUAGAUCAAGCUAUCAAUCAGGAAUCGUCUGGUUGGACGCAUUGCAUCAACCCCGCCCCCCUCCCCCCCACCACCACCACCACAUCAUGGCUUCCAAACUGAAUCCCAACGUCUUGUACGUUCAAGAGCCCCGGGAUUCUAUGUCUUCUCAGGAGUCUCAUGUGGAACCCGGGGAAGAGAGCUCGGAUAGCGACGGUGAGACAGACGAGACGGAGCAGAAGCUGAUCCGGAAAGUGUCCACGUCGGGGCAGCUACGUGCCAAGAAAAGUGUGAAGGAAGGCAUCUUAUUGAAACAGACCAGCUCCUUCCAGAGAUGGAAGAGGAGGUACUUCAAACUAAGAGGCCGGACACUCUACUAUGCCAAAGACUCCAAGUCUCUGAUAUUUGACGAGGUGGACCUAUCAGAUGCCAGCGUGGCCGAGACCAGCACCAAGAACAUCAACAACAGCUUCACGGUUAUCACUCCAUUCAGAAAGCUGAUGCUCUGCGCUGAGAGUAGGAAGGAGAUGGAGGACUGGAUCGGCGCUCUGAAGUCCGUUCAGAAAUGGGAGACAUACGAGGCCAGUCUUUUUAACAUGGAACAUUUCUCUGGGAUGCAUAACUGGUACGCCUGCUCCCACGCCAGACCCACCUUCUGUAACGUCUGCAGAGAAGCCCUUUCUGGAGUCACCUCGCAUGGGCUGUCCUGUGAAGUGUGUAAGUUCAAGGCACAUAAGCGCUGUGCCGUCCGUUCCACCAACAACUGUAAAUGGACCACGCUGGCCUCCAUAGGAAAUGACAUCAUAGAGGACGAAGAAGGGAUUUCUAUGCCUCAUCAGUGGUUAGAAGGCAACCUGCCGGUCAGUGCUAAGUGUGUGGUGUGUGACCGAAACUGUGGCAGUGUCAGGAGAUUGCAAGACUGGAGAUGUCUAUGGUGCAAGGCUAUCGUCCACAACAGCUGUAGGGAGCAGAUGGGAAAGGCGUGUCCUCUGGGUCAAUGCCGAGUGUCAAUCAUCCCUCCAACCGCCCUCAACAGUAUCGACUCUGAUGGCUUCUGGAAGGCCACCUCUCCAUCCUGCACCUCGCCUCUCUUGGUUCUCUGCAACUCUAAGAGUGGUGACAACCAAGGAGUUAAGUUCUUGCGCAAGUUCAAACAGCUGCUCAACCCCGCCCAGGUGUUUGACUUGAUGAACGGCGGGCCACAGUUGGGUCUACGCGUGUUCCAGAAGUUCGCCACAUUCCGCAUCUUGGUGUGUGGUGGUGAUGGCAGCGUUGGCUGGGUUCUGUCUGAACUGGACAAACUUAACCUGCACAAACAGUGCCAGCUUGGUGUGCUCCCCUUGGGGACCGGUAACGAUCUGGCCCGGGUGCUGGGCUGGGGGGGGCUGUGUGACGACGACGCUCAACUCCUCCAGAUCCUGGAGAAACUGGAACGGGCCACCACCAAGAUGCUGGACCGGUGGAGUGUUAUGACAUACGAGUUGCCUACCAAACAGUAUCCCAUGGUAAAGGAAGAUGAUUUUAGCCCCGAAUCCCACUUACAGGUCCACAUCACUCAGUAUGCAGACUCUGUGGCCUCCCACCUCACUAAGAUCCUGGAUUCAGACAAACAUACGGACGUCAUAUCCUCUGCCAAGUUUUUGUGUGGGACGGUGAACGAUUUCGUGGCGGAGGUGGGGAGAGCGUAUGAGCGAGCCACGGAGAACAAGCAAGAAGCUGACGCUAUGGCCAAGAAGUGCGCCCUGUUGAACGAGAAGCUGGAAAGCCUGGUGAAGGCUCUGAGUGAGGAAGCCGAUGCCCAGGUGGUGCCAGCCGGCAGUGUACCACCCCCAAACGGGCACCGGGAGAAGGGCGCUGACACCCCAGGAGGGGAACCCCGACCUCCAUAUCGGUCCAGGGAACAGCUGAUGCUGAGAGCUAACAGUCUGAAGAAAGCACUGAGGCAGAUCAUAGAACAGGCUGAGAAAGUGGUGGAUGAGCAGAACAGGCACACACAUCUCCAGCGCAUGUCUUCCUCGUCCUCCAUCAAGAGAGAAAACAGCGAGGAGCUGAAAGAGGCCGAACCUCGUCAUGUCAGUUUAAGCCCCUCCUCCUCCAACAUCAUCCUGGAGAAACCAGAGAGUCUCAGUCCUCCGUCCUUCAAUGAGGACCAGUGCUCAGAGAAGUGUGUGAUGAACAACUACUUUGGUAUUGGUCUGGAUGCUAAGAUCUCCCUGGAGUUCAACAACAAGAGAGAUGAACAUCCCAAGAAAUGCAGCAGUCGAACUAAGAACAAGUUGUGGUACGGCGUAAUGGGAACCAAGGAGUUGGUCCAAAAGACAUAUAAAAACCUGGAACAACGAGUACUGCUUGAGUGUGAUGGUGUAGCUAUGAGUCUCCCUAGUCUUCAGGGUCUGGCAGUCCUCAACAUUCCUAGCUAUGCAGGAGGGAUCAACUUCUGGGGAGGCACCAAAGAGGACAACAAUUUUGGCGCUCCAUCUUUUGACGACAAGAAGCUGGAAGUGGUGGCUGUAUUUGGCAGCAUGCAGAUGGCUGUGUCCAGAGUAAUCAACAUCCAGCACCACCGCAUAGCACAGUGUCGCCAGGUGAAGAUCACCAUCCUUGGAGAGGAGGGAGUCCCAGUUCAGGUGGAUGGGGAGGCCUGGAUCCAGCCCCCUGGCAUCGUUAAGAUAACCCAUAAGAACAGGGCUCAGAUGCUCACCAGAGACAGGAACUUUGAAAGGACUCUAACGUCGUGGGAGGAUAAGAGGAAGAUUGACAGCUACCGUUCCUCCAGGCCCCGCCUCAACUCCCAGCAGUCCAUGGAAUACCUUACAGAGGAGGAAUGUGCCCAAGUGCAGCAGUUAGGCAUGGUGGCUGACACGCUUAUCACCAGGAUAAGAGAGGCAGCUAAGACUCACAAGUUGGUUGAACAGGAAUUAGCACAUGCUGUCAAUGCUAGUGCUCUGGUGUUGACUGAAGCCUUCCCUUCCAAACCAUCCAGCCCUGAGUGUUUAAGUCGCAGUACAGCGGUGGAGAUCGUGAACAGUAGUAAAGUCCUUCAGCUGGAGACCAGGAUGCUGCUGGAGGGAAGACUAUUGCUGGACUCUCCCCAAGAAGAUGACCUCCUCUCAACACUUAACUCUUUGAGCGCUGAACUUAACAAGCUGGACGAUAUACACUGGAUCUGCCCCACUAUGCACUGCUCUGAGGAGGACACUGUGCGAGCAAGUUCUAAGAGCAGCAUGAAACUGAAGAUGAUGCCCAAAGUGAAAAAAGAAAAAGAGAAACUCCACAAGCAGAGGUCUAACAGCUCUCUGUCGGGAUCUUGGGAUAUUAAAAGUGGGGCAUGUGAGACGGAUCCUACAGGCAAUUGAGGAACUUAACGAGGAGGCUUAACUAGACAGCUGUCAUCAUGACAUCCGGGGGGUCGAGGCUUUGUAUCGCAUCACUGUUUGGUAUUCUCUUAUUCAUUAUGUUUUUCCAGCUGACCCUGCAGGAGGGUGUGUCAUGAGAGGCUAAGUGGCCAAUCAGAGGGGAGGAAAGGAGAGACGCUCUGUAAGCAAAUAUUUCCUUGAUGACGCAAUGUGUUUACCGAGGCAACGUUUUCCUUUGCAUGACAGCAGCAGACUUUUUCUUGUUAUUAUUAUCCGUAGAUAACCCCUCUAUUUGGAGGAGUUUUGGCUACCCCACCUCUUUUCUCAUUUACUUUUAACUUUUGGGGCAACUUUCUGGAGUUUUUCGCAUUUCCUUUAAAAAGUCUGAACUAAAUUAUCAAGUACAACAACAAUCUAAACAAGAACAACAAUGUAAACAACACCUUAUUCUCUCCUGCUGAACUGGAGAUUCUUAAAUGGCGCAAAUUUGGUAAAACUAUUAUUGAAGGGUAAGAUAAAGGAAUGUAUUAAACCUCAACAUGAAUUAACUUAUUAAUAUCAAGAUGGUAUUACUAUAUUGGCCUUGCUGUGUGUUGUCCACUGUAAAAUUGGUUAUGUGAUAACUAACACGGCCAUGGCCAGUUACCCCAGUAUUUACUGUAAUAUCUAGGGCUAGCUACUACAUUACCUACCAUAAAAUAAAAGCCAAUCUACUACUGUACAAUUCUUAUUGUAAUAACCAGGGCUAGCUAAUUCAGUACUUACUGUAAUAUCUAAGGCAUUAUGACCCUAAUUGUGUCUGCAGGCCUGGACAAAGUAACGUCUAUACACUGAUCUAGGGUUUUCAUUCCUCGUACUUUAAUUUUAGAUCUGUGGUUAGGUGUACCAUAUACUUUCCCUAAACCUUACAAUGGAAUACAAAUUCUGUGAUAUUGAAAUGUUCUCCUGUAGAAGUUGGGUAAAAAUAUAUUUUGAAAGUCUUAAACUGCUUAUAAACUGUUAAUAGUUAAAGUAUUUUUAUUAACCAAAAAUUGUUUAUUGCUAAAUAAUUCUAUCCUUCAUUUAUUUAUAAAUUAUUGAAGUUUUGAAAAUAUGUAAUUAUUAUAAAGACCACUAUGCCAAACUAUAUACAACUGAACCAUGAGCAGGAAAUAUAGGUUUAAGUUGUUCAUUACAAAAACAUACUUAAUUCAUUACAUUUUGAACAAGCUAUGUAUUAGCCAUUUAAUAGCUAAUAAAUUGUAUUUCUUUCCUGUUUUAUUAGCAUCCAUCAAGAUAGUGUUAGCUAUGAUCGUGCUACUGUAUUGAUAGCGUGCUGGUCCUGCUGUUAUUGCUAUAGGCUUUAGUGAUGUACAUGUGUGCCAAGUUUCGUACUGAGCGCAGUGGUUUAAAAUGACUUAAGACAUGUGUGCGUGUAUGUAAAUGACACUGUGAGUGUCAUUCAUUUCAAAGAAGUUUACUGUAUCUUGCCUUGCACUUUACAAAGCAAAACGUAAAGAGAGUGAGUGUGUGUGUGUGCGUGUGCGUUUGUUCGUUCCUUUGUGGUUUUUUUAUCUAUGAAAACGGUCCUUCAUAUUUAUGACAAAUCUAUACAGAGAUCAGUGUGUUAAUAGUAUGUAAUAUACAGUAUAAAUAUAACUAAAUGAAUGCUAAAGUAAAUAUAUGUAAAAUAUGUUUAUUCAUUUGUCAGGGGACUGUUGUAUUGUGUAAAUGUGCUCAGGUGUGUAAAAUUUCUGAGUUUUUCAAAAUUCCAAGAAGAUUUAUAGUUUCUGUAAACCCAGGAAUGUUUGAAAACAUUCAGGCAUUUUGCAACCCUGAUGUUCUUACUUUAUACACCCUAAUGUCAUGGAGGACUGGAUUCUCAAAGAUAUUGUGACAACAUUGCUACAACAUUUCUAAUGUUAUGCCAAUGAUUAUUGCGCUGCUGUUAUUGCGUCUAUGUCACGGCACCAGGAUAUAUCAGUGCUGAACACAGCUGAAAUCUUGCGUGACAAAAUAUAUAGAGGUCAACCACCGAGAACAAUGCAACAACAACAUAACGAUCAAGUCAACAGCAAACGAUUUGGAAACGUUUUGUUGGACAACACGUAUGUAACAUCUUGUAUGCCACGGUUGUGUGACAGUAUUUAAUGACAGAUUUGUGGACACACGUGUCUUGUUAAUGCACAUUUUGUCUAAAGACUGAAUUGAAUGGACAUUUGAUUGGUGGCAGAUUUCUGUGAACGCAACUUUGUCUUGUGAACGCACCCCUAUGGAUAGAACUGGACGGACUCCACAGUGCAAAGCUCAAAGCUGGACUCGAUGUUGCACGUUGUUUGUUCGAAGAUGUUUAAUAGUAAUACUAUUGUGCUCUAAAUUUGUUGAUCGCUGUAACUAGGGUUGGACAUAAAAGGUAAAGGUAUUGUAUGUUAUACUAUUUAAUGGUAUAAACUGAUGAGGGAUGUGAUUGUGAAUUGAAUCUUGAAUUGUGAUCAAAUCUUGAAUUGUGAAUCUUUGAAUUAAUGACCAUGUAAUGAACUUUAUUGAGAGUUCCAAAUAUUUAUAUAUAUAUAUAUAUAUAUAUAUACACACCAUAUGCAUCAUGUCAGAGCCAAAAUAUUAUUUUGACAAAAAAUGUUUACUUUGCCAAUCUGACAUUAAUCAUGCAGGCUAUGGUUUUACUGUUUUAUUGCAUUUUGUUAUACAGCUUGUCGGUGACGGGCAUUUGAUUGAAUUCCUCGCGUAGCCUGUGUUUUAUCAAACUGUUGAAAAAUCCAUGUUCAACACUCCGGAGCAAGCAAUCGUAUUCGGUUGCUGCUAGCACGAGGCUGAAAUAAAGUCUGUCAAUCAUU